AGGCUCAGUCGGGGCUUUGCGGUGUCAUGCCCCGGGGCCCCCGGACCGCGCCGAGCUGGGCGCUGUUGCUGCGGCUGCUGGCACUGCUGCGGCCGCCGGGGAUGGGUGAGGCGUGCAGCUGCGCCCCUGCGCACCCCCAGCAGCACGUCUGCCACUCCGCGCUUGCAAUAAGGGCCAAAAUAUCCAGUGAGAAGGUAGUUCCUGCCAGUCCAGAUCCUACUGACACUCAAAAAAUGAUCCGGUAUGAAAUCAAACAGAUAAAGAUGUUUAAAGGGUUUGAGAAAGUCAAGGAUGUUCAGUAUAUCUAUACACCUUUUGAUUCCUCCCUCUGUGGUGUGAAACUGGAAGCUAACAGCCAGAAGCAAUAUCUCUUGACUGGUCAGGUCCUCAGUGAUGGAAAAGUCUUCAUCCACCUGUGCAACUAUAUCGAACCUUGGGAGAACCUGUCCUUUUUGCAGAGAGAAAGUCUGAAUCAUCACUACCAUCUGAACUGUGGCUGCCAAAUUACCACCUGCUAUACAGUGCCCUGUACCAUCUCAGCCCCUAACGAGUGCCUCUGGACAGACUGGCUGCUGGAACGGAAGCUCUAUGGGUACCAAGCCCAGCAUUAUGUCUGCAUGAAGCAUGUUGAUGGCACCUGCAGCUGGUACCAGGGCCGCCUGCUCCUCAGGAAGGAGUUUGUUGACAUCAUCCAGCCCUAGUAGGGGCCAGUGACCAUCACAUCCCUUCAACCAUCCUG